AGAACCCGCCCGCCCUCCGGCGAUCCGCUGCACCAGACCCUGGCGUCCGGCUCCCCGGGCCGGGACCCCGCGUCGCGGACCCGCGAUGGCCAAGCGCAGCUCGCUGUCCAUCCGCAUCGUGGAGGGGAAGAACCUGCCCGCCAAGGACAUCACCGGCAGCAGCGACCCCUACUGCAUCGUGAAGGUGGACAAUGAGCCCAUCAUCAGGACAGCCACUGUGUGGAAGACCCUGUGCCCCUUCUGGGGCGAGGAGUAUCAGGUGUACCUGUCACCCACCUUCCACGCGGUGGCCUUCUACGUCAUGGAUGAGGAUGCCCUCAGCCGGGAUGAUGUGAUCGGAAAGGUCUGCCUUACUAGGGACACCCUGGCCGCUCACCCUAAGGGUUUCAGUGGGUGGGCCCACCUGACGGAGGUCGACCCUGAUGAGGAGGUGCAGGGCGAGAUCCACCUGCGGCUGGAGGUGGUGCGGGGGCCCCGGGCCUGCCGGCUGCGCUGCUCUGUGCUGGAGGCCAGGGACCUAGCCCCCAAGGACCGGAAUGGUGCAUCUGACCCCUUUGUCCGAGUGCGCUACAACGGCCGGAUGCAGGAGACCUCGGUCGUGAAGAAAUCAUGCUACCCACGCUGGAACGAGACAUUCGAGUUUGAGCUGGAGGAGGGGGCCACGGAGGCACUGUGCGUGGAGGUCUGGGACUGGGACCUCGUCAGCCGCAACGACUUCCUGGGCAAAGUGGUGUUCAAUGUCCAGAGACUGUGGGUGGCCCAGCAGGAAGAGGGCUGGUUCCGGCUGCAGCCCGACCAGUCCAAGAGUCGGCGGGAAGAGGACAACCUGGGCUCCUUGCAGCUGGAGGUGCGGCUGCGGGACGAGACGGUGCUGCCCUCUGGCUGCUACCAGCCCCUGGUACAGCUGCUGUGCCAUGAGGUGAAGCUGGGUAUCCAGGGCCCAGGGCAGCUGAUCCCUCUCAUUGAGGAGAUGACGAGCACCGAGUGCCGCCAGGACGUGGCCACCAGCCUGCUCAAGCUCUUCCUGGGGCAGGGGCUGGCCAAGGACUUUCUGGACCUGCUCUUCCAGCUGGAGCUGGGUCGCACCAGUGAGGCCAACACUCUGUUCCGGAGCAACUCUCUGGCCUCCAAGUCCAUGGAGUCUUUUCUGAAGGUGGCUGGGAUGCACUAUUUGCACGGUGUCCUGGGCCCCAUCGUCAAUAGGGUGUUUGAGGAGAAGAAGUACGUGGAGCUGGACCCCAGCAAGGUGGAGGUCAAGGAUGUAGGAUGCUCCGGGCUGCACCGCCCGCAGACCGAGGCCGAUGUGCUGGAGCAGAGCGCGCAGACGCUGCGCGCCCACCUGGGGGCGCUGCUGAGCGCGCUCAGCCGCUCGGUUCGCGCCUGCCCCGCCGUGGUCCGCGCCACCUUCCGCCAGCUCUUCCGGCGUGUGCGCGAGCGCUUCCCCGGCGCCCAGCACGAGAACUUGCCGUUCAUCGCCGUCACCAGCUUCCUGUGCCUGCGCUUCUUCUCUCCCGCCAUCAUGGCACCCAAGCUCUUCCACCUGCGGGAGCGGCACGCGGACGCCCGCACCAGCCGCACCCUCCUCCUGCUGGCCAAGGCGGUCCAGAACGUGGGCAACAUGGACAUGCAGGCUUCCAGGGCCAAGGAGGCUUGGAUGGAGCCGCUGCAGCCCACCGUGCGCCAGGGCGUGGCCCAGCUUAAGGACUUCAUCACCAAGCUGGUGGACAUCGAGGAGAAAGAGGAGCUGGACCUGCAGAGGGCGCUGGGCUUGCAGGCACCGCUGGUGAAGGAGGGACCACUGUUCAUCCACAGGACCAAGGGCAAGGGCCCCCUCACAUCCUCCUCCUUCAAAAAGCUCCACUUCUCCCUCACCACCGAGGCCCUCAGCUUUGCCAAGACGCCCAGUUCCAAGAAAAGCACCCUCAUCAAGCUAGCGAAUGUCCGGGCCGCAGAGAAGGUGGAGGAGAAGAGCUUCGGCAGCUCGCAUGUCCUGCAGGUCAUCUACACAGACGACGCUGGCAGGCCCCAGACUGCCUACCUGCAGUGCAAGUGUGUGAACGAGCUGAACCAGUGGCUGUCUGCGCUGCGGAAGGUGAGCAUCAACAACCCGGGCCUGCUGGGCUCCUACCACCCCGGGGUCUUCCGCGGGGACAAGUGGAGCUGCUGCCACCAGAAGGACAGAACAGAUCUGGGCUGUGAUAAGACGCGGUCACGGGUGACCCUGCAGGAGUGGAAUGACCCUCUGGACCACGACCUGGAGGCCCAGCUCAUCUACCAGCACCUGCUGGGCAUGGAGGCCGCACUGCGGGAGAAGCACCGGGAACUGAGUGCUGGCACGGGGGCAGGCUCUGUGCCCACAGGCCCCUGCGAAGCCCCUGAGGACCCGCUGGCCCAGCUGCUGCAGGUGCUUCAGAACCUCCGGGAGGCCCAUAGAUCCAGCCCAGCCGGCUCCCCGCCCGCAGAGCCCAGCCGCCGCCUGCAACCGCAGACGUGAGGCCUGCCCCACACCCCCUCGCCAGCCCCUGCCAGGUGCUUGGAGAC